UUACUCACGCCACUCUUUUCCUUUUUCUCUUUUCCUUGUUUAAUUAUUUUUUUUUGUCAGGCGACGACAUCGAUGUCUUUUUUUUGUUAACUGGCAACUACAUCAAUAUCGAUUAACUAUAAUAUGAUUUUGAAGGAGAGGAGGUUGCUCGUGUCUUUUUUGACUGACAAAGAGAAGAGACGUGAUGAUGACUCGAGCAAGCCACGCCUUUGUUUUCUCUGUAUCAGUAACAUCUCCUUUGGAUAUCACAACUGGAUCCGUUGAGGCAAGGUUUCUUGUAUACAAGCGCAAUAUUGCCGAUUUUUGUCUCAGAUGAUAUUCAAAUUCCACGGCCGUGUAACGUAAAAAUAAGGAGUUGAUUACAUAGAGAGGCACAUUAUAAGUUUGAGUUGCAUAGAGAGACACAUUAUGCUUGUGAGGCACUUUUUCUUGUUCUGUAGUGUGUGAUAGGACCUUAGUGCCCUCUCUUUACUAAUGGAAGAGUAUCGUCGGGUUGGUGUUUGCAAAAGGGGAACCGGUUUGGUUUGCAUCUUAAAUGUUAUUUGGGCUGCAAAGUACCUUUAUUUACAGCCAGUAGAUUAAAGUAUGUACUUUCAAUCCGACGGCUUUCUUUGAAACGUAAAGGAGAUGGCAGCUCAUUAUGACAAUGACGUUCCCACAACGUUAUUUUUGUGACUGAUCCUAUUGCAUCGUUUUGGCGUUUUCUGACGGAGGGUAUCGUAAUCGGCUUUUGCAAUGGAGGAACAGUGCAUGAUCAUGUGCGGCGAGUGGGUCUGUGGUGACGACGGAAAGUGGGAUUUUUUGAUUGACAAACAGCGGAUGGCGAGAUUUGUUACUCUGUACGACGGAAUCGGUUUGCUGGAGCUUCAAGGUAACGUCUUGCGUGAGUUUGGCGUGGAGGAUGGUCUGUUUGCGGCGGCGUUAAGCUGCUGGUCGUCGUCGAGUUUGGAUCUAGCAACUGGGUUGCAGACACCGCCGGUUCUGAUAACUAGUGACGGUGCGAUAAAGUACUUCCUUCAGCAGUUGAGAGCUAGGGGGACAAUGAACAUGUUCGUUAAGUUUGAGAGGAAGACGACGCAGGAGGGAAUCAUUGAUGAUUCGGGGAUGGGGUUUGUAACACCUGCUAGUUUUAGAACAAGCGGGUUUUCGCAAGCAUGUUCUGUAACGGCGAGUCGAGGAUUUGGUUCUGCUCCUGGGAGUCGUAGUUUAGGUUCUGGUUCGGUCAGUCGUGCUCUUGGUACGAUGAGCCGUGGUUUUGGUCCCCGUACGGCUAGCUCUGGUAAAACUACCUUGGAGGUUCCACCGCCUGUUGUGAAUCUUGAGGAUGUUGAGUUUGUAAAGGAAGUUGAGAGAGCUGAGGAAGAAAUAAAGGAGCGCAAUGAUUACCGAAAGGAAGAAACUUUAGGCGGUAGUGUUGUUUUUGAGGAUGAUGUUGGUAAAGUAGUUUCCGAGGUUGACGAUAGGGAUGUGAGACCUCGAGGUUAUGACCAAGUGUUUUGGACUCCAUUACUGAAAAGCGACUACGCCGGUUCAAAUGCUGUGAAAGUUGUUUACAACGAAGAUGAGAUUGUGGAUGACUUACUCAAGAAGAGGCGUCCAAGUCGAUACACAUGUCCUUCGAACGACGAUGUUGAUCCUGUCUUUGACGUUGGCGGUCCUAGCAGUGUUAAGAACAAUGGUGGUGGGGACAAACAUCCGUGGAUGGGACGAGACAAUCCGUGGAUAAGCAGGGUGAACGAUAGCCCAAGUGUGGUCAUGAUGCCGCCGGUUAAGCCAAGAAAGCUAGAUGAAGUAGAUGAUGAGGAGUUUGAUAUUCCACCGCUUUUUGACGACACAAGCUAUGCGGCAGCAGAGAUACCAGACAUGGACUUGGAAGAAGCUGAUGGAAGAAUCUACGUUGGUAAGGUUUUUGGUAACAAAGAAGAUUGUCAAAUCUCUCUUGCCAUUUAUGCUAUAAGGAAUCAGUUUCGUUUCAAGCAAACCAGAACGAAGAUUGAUUCUUUUGUGGUGUCGUGCCCUGAUCCCAAAUGUGAUUGGCGUGUAACAGCCCAUGAAAUGAGAGGUUGUGGUUAUUACGAGAUCAGGAAAGCACAACUAGAGCAUAGAUGUCCUAUCGAUUUUCGUCAGGGUUACCAAAGUAGGGCCACGUCGAAGGUUAUCGCAGCUGUAUACAAAUCUAAAUUUGGUGAGCCAGGAAAAGGGCCAGUUCCCCGAGAACUGCAGAAGCUUGUACUAGAAGAUUUACGAGUUAGUGCUUCCUACAUGAAAUGCUACAGGGCAACAGAGAUGGCUGCAAUCGACAUACUUGGGACAGAAGAAGAAUCGUAUUUGAAGUUGCCGCAGUAUUUGCACAUGUUGAAGCUCGCAAAUCCUGGAACAGUAGCUGAUCUUGAAACUGAAGUGGAUGAUGAUGGUGAUGAGCGGUUCCUAUAUCUGUUUCUGUCUUUUGGUGCGUCAAUUAGUGGUUUUAAGAAGCUGAGGCUUGUGUUAGUUAUUGAUGGCACACACUUGGGAGGGAAGUACAAGGGGGUUUUACUUACAGCAAGCGGGCAAGAUGCUAAUUUCCAAAUCUUUCCACUAGCUUAUGCUAUUGUUGACGCGGAAGAUGAAGAAUCGUGGACUUGGUUCUUGAUGAAGUUGGAGAGAAUUCUAGCUGACUCUCCUAAGCUGGCUAUCAUUUCUGACCGUGCGGUGUGCAUUGGUACAGCUGUGAAACGUGUGUAUCCUCGAGCUAAUCAUGGUUAUUGCAUUGUGCAUCUUGCAAGAAAUGUCAAUUCUCGUUACUCAAGCAAGAACUUGGCGCAAUUGGUGACAGCAACUGGUAUGGCUUACCGUCAGCGAGAUUAUAGAGAUCUGUACAGCAAGGUCAGGGCUCAGCGAAGUGAAUGUGGUGUGUAUUUUGGAAAUAUUGGGGUUGCUCAUUGGACCAGGGCUAAUUUUCUAGGAGACCGCUAUAAUAUGAUGACUAGUAACAUCGCUGAGCAGUUGAACCAUGCACUUGUAGAGGGGAGAUCUUCUCCAAUAAUGGAGUUGGUUAUUUUCAUACAAAGAAUGAUGACCAGGUGGUUCAGUGCGAGGAGAAACAAGGCUGAGAAACACAGGGGGAUGGUUAGUGUUGAGGUGGAUAAGCAGAUGACUAAGAACAUGGCAACAAUGAGUGGGAGCAAGGUGAAUUCGUCUACGGAAUGGAGGUGUGAAAUAAUAGGGAAGUAUGGUGGGAAGGAACGUGUAAAUCUGGUGGACAAGCAGUGUGAUUGCAAGUAUUUUGAUAAGCUCAAAAUACCAUGUGGACAUGCCCUGCUAGCCGCAGACAGUUUAGGAGUCCCGUAUGAGAGUUUGGUGGGACACUGCUACAAGACAACAACGUGGAGAGAGACCUAUGAAGGGGUAAUUAGUCCUGAAGGAGACCCACGAGAUGUGGAUGUCCCCGAGGAUGUGAUGAAUCUGGUUUUGAGGCCACCUGUUACAAAGAGGCAACCCGGUCGUCGUAGGAAGAACCGUCAACUCUCAACUGGUGAAUUUCCGGUAAUACUACUUAGACUUCUUGUUCAACCUGUUUUUUAGAUCCAUUCUUUUUUUCAUAGUAUCAAUUGCUUGGUAUCAGGUGCUAAGAAGACAAAGUUGGUGAAGAACAAAUGUGGUAGGUGUGGAAUGGAAGGACACAACCGUGCUACGUGCACAAACCCCAUCUAGCAUUGACUUGUGGUGGAAGUUGAAGUGGAUGUCUGUGGGAAUACAUUUCUCUGUUUUUUGUUUUUAGUUGAACAUUCCGGUUGCUCACAUUUGUCUUUCGUGGCAAUUUUGUUAGGCAACUAAUAAAUGCAAGUCGUAGACCAAACUUUAUUGAUUUUCAUGUUUUCUUGGAUAUUAUGACAUUGUUUGAAUU